CAUGUUGCUGGUGUCGAAUGCGUCCGUCGAGAGACAACGGUGCGAGAGCUAGUGUGUUUUUCGGAGUUCCGUAAGACGCGCGCGUCUCUGACGUAACGUGCUCGUUCGCUCUCAUCGUCGCGCGCGGCGGCGUCCUAGGAUACUCCUCGCGCCGAGGAGUAGUGCACACCCCCGAGCCGGCUGUCGUGUUCCCGUUCCCGGUGUGCCGUUGACAUCCUGCGCGUCUGAGCCGGAACGCGCAAGCGACGGGCGAGAGGGAGGUCGCUAUAAUGUGUGCCGGAGCGGCGGCCGCGCGUCGCCGUCGUCGUUGCCGCGGAGGACGUCGAGGAGGCAGCAGCGUGGAGGCAGCGCGCAGGACGAGCCACGGCGCCGCUACGUCGACGGUAAUCCGACGCUACGUCGGCCGACGUGAAUGAGAGGACACGGCCCGCGUCUUCGUGCGCCAGCGGAGGCGCUGCGAGCAUCGCUCACGGUGUGCUGAUCUCGCCUGUACACGCGAGGAAAAGGCGCAAUGGCUGACGACCGAAAUAACCACCGGAGCUUCGUCAGGCAGUCGCACGUGGUAGGGCACUUGUCUCCCCCGCCGCCUGCACCUGGACCGGCUACUGGGUCCAGCGGUGUCUCGGGCCAGACGUCGUCCUCCAGGUACGUCCAGAAGGAGAACACUCCGCCCCGCGGUCCUCGGACUCUCUUGCUGAGGCACGGUGAGAAUGGUUACGGAUUCACGCUGCGGCACUUCAUCGUCUAUCCGCCCGAGUCCUGCUGCAUGCUGCCAGGGCACGAACGGACGAAGAUCGAUGAGCCUAUGGACACGAUCUUCGUGAAGCAAGUCCGAGCAAAUUCACCGGCGGCCGAGGCGGGUUUGCGCACUGGUGAUCGCGUUGUGUCCGUCGACGGAACGCCCACCCGUGGCGAGCAAUACGCCAGCGUGGUGCAACGUAUUCAGCAAGCUGGACCGUGGCUGCGGCUUCUCGUAGUCUCCAAGGAGGACGAUAUCUUACAGAGGUACUUUGGCGAGACGGCGCACAAUCCGGAAACGAAUCAACGUCCGCGGCUGCGUUCUCCGGAGAGAUUGUCCCAGAAGCAACGCAGAUCGAUCAGCAUGAUCCCAGGCCCGUCACAGAGAACGCGGCAGUCCUGGGUCUGUUCUCUGCCGUCGUCCGAUAGUCCGGCGUCUGAUCCGUCAUCGUCGUCUUCGUCGUCAUCGCAUCCGAAUCACGAGGAGGCGAGCCGUAGGAGCCAACAACAGCAACAGCAGCAGCAGCAGCAAGCGUUCGCCGACAACAACAGCCGAAUGGCGCCGUCGAUGUCGACGGACUCGCCGUAUCGUCGCGCUCAGCAGAUUCAGCAGCCGCUUACGGAGGCGCAGAUCGCUGGCGCGCUCUACGACCCGUCGGAUGACAUGGUUCCACCGGCAGCCAGGAAUCUGCAGUCUCUGCACGAGACAACUGAUGUCACGUCGGGCUCGCAGAUGUACGGCCGCUCGUCCCAGGAUUCGAGAUACGAUCUGUACGACAGGACUCGCCCCGAAUCGGUGUACUCGAGACCGAGUAACGAGCAGAUCUACGAUCGGAUCAAUGACCCGAUUUACGAGCGCGUGCGUGUCAACGAAACGUGCUUCGCCAAUGACCAGCAUCAUCACCAUCAGCUGCAAUCGCUUCAUCAUUACCAGCCUUCGUCUCUGCUGCGUUACCCGGUGUCGCACGCGGAGCCGCAGGUGCCGAUCUACCGGCCGACGAAGAGGAUGGUGGCGCGUCGCGCCAGCGAAGGCAGCGGCUGCAGCAAUGUCAGCGGCAUGAAACACGAUUCCGAGACUGCCAGCUACGGCAGCUUCGACGCGUUGAGGUCGAGCGAGCCUGGCUCCAGCCGGCUGAGCAUCGAGUCGAGACGAGACUCAUCGCCCGUCAGCAAGGACAGCGUGUCGCCGUACGACUCGAACUCGACUCUCACCGGCAACGAGUGUUCCGACGAUUCCGUCAUUAUGAGCCGUCUGCGCAAGAGUUUCGAGCAGAAGGCGGAAUUCCUGCGACGACCGAGUCACCCUAUCGGCUGGUUCGUCUCAGGAAACGACGCAACCUCCGAGCCGACGUCGUUGCCGCGAUCUCAAGCGAGCAACGGUCUCAAUCAAGCUGUGAUCCAGAGAGAGUUCUACGCGAGACCGCAGAAACUGCAGAGACCGAUCUGGCCGCCCGGCAACGAGCAACAGCGACAGCAAUCUCCCACAAGAAGACAAUCCUCCAUGGAUGGUAGGAGCAUACCCAAGUCCACCGUGAACCUGGCAGGGGGCAAGCCGUCGAAUCAGAGCGUGCAGAGGAUAAAGGACGUGGACUCUGACUCCGAGUACACCAAGUCGCAAGGUGAUCGAGGCGAUCAGCAACAGCUCGUCGGCGACGAUCAGCCCGUCGCCGGGGAUCACUGUUACUCGCUUCUCUACGACGACGAGCUCGCGAAGGAGACUUACCUCGCAAAUGCUCACGGCGGCGGCUCCGGUAAAGCGGCUCCGGAGCAACAGCAACAAUAUCGCGCAAUGAGCAAGGCCAAUUUCAUUAACACCCUGUCGAGGAUACACGAGAACGUCACGAGCACGGUCGGCGCGAUCGCAAAUCAGGAUAUGAGAAACGGCACCUCAUCAUUGCCGUCUUCACCGGGACCAGACAAGAAGCCCGGAGAGACGAAGUUUCCGGUGCCGCCGCAGGGUCUGCAGAUCGUUUCCAGACGAGCCAAGCAGUUCGAGUCCGGUCGUCUGUUGAGCGACGAGGACGAGCCUGCUAGCGAUCGGACGAAUCUUUACAAGAGCGAACUGUCCAGAUUGUCGAAUACGAGGAACGUACCAAACGUAGCUGUGCGGAAAAGGGAGUUUGAGUCCAAGGCUGAGAGUCAAGAAUCCAGAAGACUGCCGUCGAGGGAGACCAAGUCUCUCGACACUGGUGCAGUAUCGAAAGGCAACAGAAUAAUUCCUAUAGGCAGCAAACAUAUCCAUUGUGAGCCGCCGGCUGACUAUAAAGAGAGUAAAGCAGAGAUGCCCAUCAUGGAGACGGAGUCGGUGCGUUUGAGGGCGCGCAGCAACAGCGUCGAAUCCUGGGAGGCUACGAACGGUCCGGCGCGAGGAAGCGCCAGGCACACGUGGCAGACCGCCGAGGAAGAUUUCGCGGAGAGACGGAGCAGCACCGAGGACAACAGUAAGCCGCGAAAGCAGGACAAUUACCUGACGGGACAUUCGGCGAAGAUGCAAGUCGCACCGGUUAAUGGUUCCUCGCCCAACGGCUCGACCAAGAACGGCGUCGUGCUCAGGCGACAGAAGAAUGCACAGAUCAGUGACGAGGAUCGAGCUACCAGGCGGGUUUCGUAUCUGAAGGCGACAUGGAGCGAACGAAUGCACGUCGACAGCGAUCUCGAGCUCAGCGACACCGAACCAGUCCACAUGCACAGGAGUGCGCAUAGACGAUGGCGACCACCGUUAUUUCCGAGCGACAUAACGCCUCUGCGACGCAUCUUCGAGGACAUGACACAGGCCGCGUCCUUGCAUCGAAACUUUCAUCAUCGUAAUAGCAUCGCUGUUGCGCACGAUACGUCCAACAGUUGCGAUGGAACUGCGAAGGACGUUGAACCGGUGGAACAGGAGGGAUCCCUUCAUGUUAAAUUCACAGUGCUCGAUGGCAAGCGAUCUACCGAUCGUUCCUGGAAGCAGGUCUGGGGUGUCCUCCGUGGUCCUAUAAUAUAUUUCUACAAGGAUCGUCACAGUCAGAGUCCUUCGUUGAGCACCGAGAACGAGGCGAAUGCCGGACAAACUGUCGACGUCAGGUGUUCCGUGGUCGACGUCGCCGAGGAUUAUACGAAGCGGAAACACGUGCUGCGAAUAGCAAAUCCCACGGCGGAAGUGCUUCUACAAACGGAGGAUGCGGCGUCCAUGGCACUCUGGUUAAGGUCACUUCAUUCUCAGGCCGCCGCAGAAAGAUCAUCGGACGUCGCAUCCUGCACGUCGAAGCAGCAAGCCGUUCCGCAAACUCCGACGGGUCCGACAACUUCCAGUAACGCCGCCGUUUCCCCCGGCAACAACCAAAGAUUGAGUCCCCUGCCGAGCCACAAGGGCAUCAAGAAGUUAACGUCCUUCAGAAAUCGGUCGCCAACCGGUCAGUCGCCGGUGAACAAGACGCGCAAGCCGAGCCAAACGGUGGAGCCUUUACCGUCGCCCAAGUCGAAGACUUGGAAGGGAAGGAUGGCGAAGCAGUUCAGGAGGAUGCAUGGUCAGACUGGUGCACCUUCGUCGCCCACGGCGCAAUUACCACCUGAAGGAGCCACCUUUAAAGUGCCGCUCGAGCUUUGCCCGCGUGCUCCAGAUUCCGAUGUGCCAAUGAUCGUCGAGAUAUGCACGAGGAUCGUCGAAGCGAGAGGUCUCGAGGUCGUGGGGAUCUAUCGGGUGCCCGGAAACACUGCAGCGAUCUCCCAACUUACGGACAGCGUUAACAGCGGAUUCAACAACGUGAACUUUCAGGAUCCACGAUGGAGCGACGUCAACGUGAUCUCGUCGUUGCUGAAGUCGUUUUUCCGCCAACUCCCCGACUCCUUAUUCACAGCUGAACUGUAUCCCAUGUUUAUCGACGCCGAUAAGAUAGAAGAUCCGCAGAGAAGGAUGACCACGAUACGAAAGCUGCUGAGAGACCUCCCGGAGCAUCACUUUGAGACGUUGAAGCACCUGAUGCUGCAUCUGAAGAAGAUAGUGGAGCACAGUGAAACCAACAAGAUGGAGGCCAAGAAUUUGGCGAUCGUUUUCGGGCCGACACUGGUGCGAGCGAGUGGCUCAAGAGACAAUAUGGUUACCAUGGUUAACGACAUGUCCCAUCAGUGUAAAAUAGUGGAGAAUCUGCUGAAUAACGUUGAUUGGUUCUUCUCGGAGGACGAUUUGGACGACUUGAGCAGAUUGAGCGUGAAUUUGAGCCUGCCAGCCGAUAGCUGCGAGGUCGAACCCACAUCCAACACUAACCAUAGUCUUUUGUUAAAUAACAUUCAGAAAAUUGAAGGCAUGCGCGACAUGGCAUCGGCUAGGGACAUUGUAUCUUCAAUCAUAUCCGCAGCUAACAAAAAGAUACAAAGAAGACGAAAAACACAGGACGAAAUCGACAACGGUGAACACGACAGCGAUAAGGCGAAAGCGAAGCAGGAGACGGAAAAUUCGCCGACGAUUCGGCAGAGCAUGGCCCUGAACGAGCGGCAGUGCUCCGUCAGUGAAAUCGUGCUGAUGCACGAGAGCAAGAAUCAAUCGAAUCACAAUAUGGACCGUCCCGACCGAUCCCUGUCGGCCGACGCUACGACGAAUGGCGGCUCGUCGAACGGAGCGUCGCCGAAUCGCUCCAAGUACGCGACUCAUUCGUCGUCCGUGGACUCGCCGAGAUUGUCGAGCGAGACCGGCCUGAGCUCGGCGGAGACGAGCUCCACCGUGUCCAGCGCGUCUAACCAGACCAAGCAGGAGAAUGACGAGAUUGCUAUCCGAACGUACGCCGGCUUAAGCGCGACCACGCAGGAGAGGAUACGGAGGUUCGAGCAGGAGACGCGAGCGAUGUUACAGCGGGAUCAACAUCGCCAGAAACGCGAGGCCGAGAAGAGGGAGGAGGAGAGACGAAGGAUCGAGAUGGAGUGGCAAUUGGCGAAACGCGAGAUGGAAAAUGACGACCUGCUCGACAGCAUAGUCGACACCACGGUGUCACCGAAUCUCCUGUCGGAACGUCUGUCCGGUUUGAACGAGAGGCUCGCCGACAAGUCGCUGAUGGACCUGUCCGAGCGACCCGUUCGAGACUCCAGGUCGCGGUCGACCACGAGGUCACCGUUGUCCUUAGCCAUGCAACAGCAACCUACGAUACACCAGAAGACGCAGGCCACCAAUCAGCUGAGCAACGUGCUGGGCGAGAAGAUGAACAACGGUGUUAUUAAGAAAUUCAAAACUGAUAAAGAUCCGUCGAUGGAGUCGAUUUGCCUGCCGCCGGUUCGAUAUGGAAGUUUAGAUUCGUUGCACGAAGUACACAAUUUCUCGCAGUCCUCUCCGUCACCGUCGCAACAGCAGCGAGGUGUCCCAGGCGACGUCUCGGAUGAUGCAGGAUCUUGUUUUCUGCAGUGGACACAGAAGAUACUCACUAUUAACAAAAAGCUUUCUAGGCACACAGCGAGCCCGGGUUUUUGGUGGUACAUAUCGUCCCACCUGUACGGUACCGCAGGUCCCGGUAGCACCGCCCCGAAAACACCGGUCCAGUCGCCAAUAUCAAUGCCAGUGCCAGUCGCAGUCCCAAUGCCAAUGUCCAUACCCGUGUCAAUGUCAGCAACAACAACCAGCACCGCCGCCGCCGCAGCAGCAGCAGCAGCAGCAACAACAACAACAACGACAACAACAACAACAACAUCAUCAUCAUCAGCAUCAACAAUCGUCGUCGAGUCUUCUCGGCAAUCGCUGGUUGCUGUCGCGUCUCCACCAGCUGCCGUCUCAUCAUCAUCGGCGGCAGGAGACGCACGAGCAGCAUCAUCAUCGUCGUCCUCAACAGCAAACAACAACAACAACAACGAACCCGCCGGCGAGCCGGGCCUCUCAAAGCUGCUGCCAGGCUCAGGCCCUGCCGUUGGGCCCGCCGCCAAGACUUUAAACCGGUUCCUCCGAGGUAGCGAUCUUUUGACCAGCCUCACGACCACGUUCGACCGCAAGUGGAGGUCUCUCGUGAAUCAGUCGUCGAACCAGGCGCAACCACCGCUGGAAGCCGCGGCUUGCAACAAGGACGGCGCGGAGCAGCAGGAGCAGAAGGCGAGCGCGUCCCUGAAAUUCAAAUAUCCGUCUGCGGAAGCUUAUCGCGAUCCCAGUCUUCACAAGUCGAUCGACAAGAGCCACCUCUCUCGCUCGAAGGACGACGCUCCCGAGAAGGACACCGACUCGACGGUGACCGACACGCACCCCUCGGAAGCGGUGACGCCGAACAACGAUCGUAGCGCGGGCGACAAGCAGCAGAGAUCGGAGACGAAGACCGCGUCCGGUCACGGCACGGACAAGACGACAGAGAAGACCGCGGCGAACGCGAGCGAAAAGGACGAGGAUCAGAAGACGGCGGACAUUGGAGACUGCGCGUGUACGGGUUCCCCGAAACGUUACGAGUUGCCGAAUGCGACGAAUCUUCAAGAGGGCAAGCCGACGUCGGCCAACGCGUGCCCGGAGGAGACGGACGUUGACACGAAACUGGAGGACGGCAAGGGUCAUCAUUACGAGUCUGGCGAUUCCAGUUACUCCAACAAGCUGAAAAAAUUUGAGAGCCUGACGAACUUCGAGGCGAGAUCGCGCCUGAAGCGCUCGGAGUCGCUGAAUAAGCGGUCCGAGAGCACCGCGUCGAGACUGAAGAGAUCGGAGAGUCUGAACAAACACUCGAGCGAGAGACUGUCGUCGCCGACGAACGGUAAGCUCAAGCGGUCCGAGAGUCUGAACAAACACUCCGACGGCCGGUCGGAGUCGCCGGGCAGCAAGCUCAAGCGCUCGGAGUCUCUGACGAAAACGGAGAAGACCGAGUGCAACAUCAGCAAGAGGCGGCAGUCGGUGCGCAAGGAGAGCGCCACCAAACUGAAGCGCAAGAACGGCAUGCCGGAGCGUUCGAUCAAGCGCAGGCACACAGUGGGAGGCACCAAGGACUUUGACAAAGUGCACUGGCUGGACAAUAAGCUGCAAUCCGAGGCCGAGAGGAUCAUCAGGAGCGACUACAGGCCGAAGAAGAGUCAGCUGCGGACCAGUUCGCCCGACCUCAGCACCAACCGCGUCGGCAUGACUACUGACGCGAGCUUCCUCAUCGAAGUAAGCUUUCGCGGGCCCAGCAACGUCGUCUUCAAUGUGACCAACACACGACCGCAGUCCUUGCCGGACGCGAGUCUCGCGUCCAAGGUGUUCAAAGUACCUCUCGAGAGUCACGUGUGAAACGAUGCUCGUGGAUUAUCCGAGAGGCUUCCUCUGUUGCUCCUACGAAUGGUACACCCGCAGUGCUAUCAUAUCGCUGCCGUCAUUUUUUGAUAUCACGCGUGCAAACCGAGCCACACAUAUCAUGUAUUUACAUAUGUAUAUCUCAUACUCUAUAUACUCGACGCAGAAAAGUCAAAUGCAGAAAUGCCGAGACCACACAUCUGUUCGCCAAUUGUCAUCAGCCGCAAACGUGCCAAAGAGCCCAUCAUCGAUCAACACGAGUAAUCGUUAUCGCUCAAACGCCGACUACUCGCCACGACUGCUAUACAAUGAAUUUCGAGUGAGGACAUCGAGGAUAAAUAUCUAUCGG